AUGGAAGUGACUUAUUCUGUUCAUUGCGGUAUUGGACACACCCGUUGGGCAACUCAUGGGAAACCGAAGGAUGAGAAUGCACAUCCACAACGUUCAAACACUAACAACGACUUUGUUGUUGUCCACAACGGCAUUUUGACCAACUACAAAGACAUCAAAGGCUAUUUGGAACAGAAGGGACACAAAUUUGAGUCGGAGACUGAUACUGAGGUGAUUGCAAAGCUCGUCCAGCACAUUUAUGAACGCCAUACAGAUUUUAGUUUUCGUCAGAUUGUCGAGAUGGCUAUUCAACAAUUGGAAGGAGCAUUUGCCUUAGCCUUCAAAAGUCGUCACUAUCCAGGUCAAUUGGUAGCUGCUAGGCGUGGAAGUCCUUUGCUUGUUGGUAUCAAAAGUGACUCACGGCUUACUACAAAUCAUUUUCCUGUUAAUUACAGCAAAGGUUUUUAUUUUUUCAAAAAAUAUUCGCAGAAUGCCAGGGAUCAAUGUUAUGCUCUGGGAAAGACUCUUAAUUUGGACGAAAGUGAUACCCAUCAAGCUUUAAAUACACCUCCUCCAGGUGUGGCACCAAUCACUACUGAGGUUUUUAAUUCUGCUCGUUCGUUUGCUGGUGGAUUCCCUCCUGAGAUUCUUACCUCAACGGCUCAUAAAUCUUCAAGACCUGCAAGUCAAGAGGGAACUCCUCGAAGUAUUCGUCCAUUUGACACGACUAAUUGGGAAGUUGAAUAUUUUAUUGCUUCGGAUGCGAGUGCAAUUAUUGAGCAUACUCGUCAGGUUAUUUACCUUGAGGAUGAUGAUAUUGCCUUUGUUGAGAAUGGUGCUCUUUCUAUUCACCGAGUCAAGAGGGAUGGGGAAGGACAGCCUGAGGAACAGACUCGAGAAGUUCAACGUCUCACAAUGGAAUUGCAACAAAUUAUGAGGGGAGAAUACAAGACGUUUAUGCAAAAAGAAAUUUUUGAGCAACCCGAAUCUGUUGUUAAUACUAUGAGAGGAAGGGUAUUGCAUGAAAGUGGAAGUAUUGUUUUGGGUGGAAUUAAGACUUUUAUGAAUGACAUUCGCCGUUGCCGUCGUUUGAUAAUGAUAGCUUGCGGGACUUCUUACAAUUCAGCAUUAGCCUGUAGACAAUUAAUGGAAGAACAGACAGAAUUGCCAGUCGUUGUUGAAUUGGCGAGUGAUUUUUUGGAUCGGGAAACGCCGAUUUUCCGAGAUGAUGUUUGCUUCUUUAUUAGUCAGAGUUGA